UGAGGUUGUCCAUGGCCUAUAUACACGCAAGUGUAGCAAGAUGAUCGACGCUCUCGCCUCCUGGUUCCUCUCAUUGUCUCUCCUCAACUCAAGCACCUGUCGCGUUAGCCUGGUUGCCCACACUUGUCACAUCCUCGACGAUCCAAAGACGUGACUGCAAUAAAGGUCCGAAUCCGCGAUGGCUACAUUACGACCUACCGUCUCGCCUGACAAGGCCGGGACAUACGAUGAGGAACGAGACAAGAACCAUUACCUGUCUGCGCAGGCGGACGACAAUGACUUUACCGAUGGAUCGUCAGGGGAUUACUCGUCCAUCGAUCCCGACUCGGGGGUCAAACGAGGAUUGGCGACAAGACAUAUUAGUAUGCUCGCCUUGGCAGGAAUCAUCGGACCAGGAUUGCUCAUCGGUGCCGGAGGCGCCUUGGCCAUCGGAGGCCCAGCUUCCCUCUUGAUCGGAUUCGGAGUCAUCGGAAUAAUCGCCCUGUCCAUCAUGCAAUCUCUCGGAGAACUCGCCACCCUCUACCCUACCGGAGGGGCAUUCAUUUCCCUCUCCGGCCGAUUCGUCGACAAGGCCUUCGGAGUAGCCGUCGGUUGGAACUAUUGGCUCGUCUUCGUCUGCGUCCUCGCCAACGAAUACAACGUCCUCACCUCCAUCCUCAGCUUUUGGAGCGACAAAGUCCCCGUAUGGGGUUACUUCCUCAUCUUCUGGUUCAGUUUCCUCGCGUUCGCGCUCCUCGGUGUGGAGACGUUCGGAGAGGUCGAGUUCUGGUUGGCUCUGGCCAAGAUCCUGGGCCUUUGUGCCUAUUUCAUCUUCUCGAUCGUCUACAUGAGCGGAGGAGUCAACGGGGACAAGGUCGGGUUCAGAUAUUGGAACGACCCCGGCGCUUUCAAUAAUAAUGGGUUCCGAGGAGUCGCUCAGGUGUUCGUCUUCUGCAGUACUUUCUACUCCGGCGUUGAAUCUGUCGCAUUGAUGAGCGCAGAGACGAAGAACCCGAAAAAAGCCGUCCCGAUGGCCAUCCGACAAGUCUUCUGGCGUAUCCUCUUCGUCUACAUGGGCAGCGCCUUGUUCUUCGGUGCGACCUGUCCCGCCAACGCAGAGGGACUGAUCAACGGUGAAUCUCGUGCGCUCAAGUCGCCCAUGACCAUCGCCAUCCAACAAGCCGGCUGGCAAGGCGGUGUCCAUCUGAUCAACACGUUCAUCCUCGUCACCUGCCUCUCCGCGGUCAACAGUUCGAUCUAUAUCGGUAGCCGGACUUUGUGCUACAUGGGCAAGGAACGUAUGGCCCCUAAGAUCCUCGGAUAUGUCAACAAGCGAGGUGUUCCCGUAUGGGCCGUCUUGGCGACCAACCUGUUCGGGUGUCUCUCGUUGAUGAACUUGAGCACCGGUGCCGCCGCCGCCUACUCUUACAUCGUUAACUUAAGUGGUGUGUCGACCUUUUUGGUCUGGGCUGGAAUCAGCUUCACGCACAUUCGAUUCCGACGCGCUUGGAAAGUCCAGGGAAGGACUCCCGAUCAGUUGCCCUUCAAGGCGCUGUGGUACCCCUACUUCUCUUACUUUGGCCUGUUCAUGACGUGCUUCCUCGCACUGGUCCAGGGCUGGACGACCCUCUCGCCUUUCAACGCCGGCAACUUUGUCGACGCAUACAUCCUCCUCCCGCUCUUCCCCGUCAUCUUUGUCGUAUACAAAUUCGCCUUCAAGACCAAACUCGCCCGUUCAGCCGAGGUGGACCUGGAUUACGGCCGGAGACGAGAUCUCGAUGAUCAAAAGGACGAGACGCCUUCGCUGGCCGAUGAUGGUACACCGUUGGUCAAGGAUUCGUUUGCCAAGAAGCUCUGGAGGAAUUUCUAGGUUUUAGUGUGUAGAUUAGUGGGUUGUAGUUGCCGUCUUUCAAGGGACCGAACGCAAACAUCCGGAUGCAUGUAUGCUUCU